AUGCCGCUCCUCGCCACUGACCACCCAGUCGUCAAAACUGGUGGAGACGUCAUUCCACCAAAGGAUCGUCGAUGGGUGGCACGAAUAUGUCCCCAGUGCGCCGAGAAUCCUUCCGGCGUGUCCACAAACUUCGUCGAGGGCGUCGCCUGUUUUCCCGCUGGUAGAAGGCAUCAGGGCAGCGUUCCCUUGCGCGAUUUCGUCCCUGAUCUCCCUUCCCUUCCGCGAGCCGUCCCUGGCGGGGUGGUUCUUUCCUUCCACCUCAGCAAGAACCGAUUUCGCCCAUCCACAAACAUCAAUAGACCUAUGGAUUGCGUUUUGCACGUCCGCGGAAGAGGUUUCGGAGUGAAACCCGCGUCUUCGAAGGUUUCCGUGGUGCCUAUGCAAUAUGUGGCCAGCGCUCAUCCUCAACUCGGAUUGCGACUUAGCCUACUCUACUCUCAAGACCGACUCCACGACAAUCAUCUCAAUGCAACGAGAUCACGCCCUCUCUCUCUCAAGGAACAUCGAACGCAUCCAAGCAAGUACGCCGGUACUACGGUCAUCGACUUCACGAACCAGGCGCUUACCGACGCUCACCACGAUGUCGUUUCUGUCGACGCACAUAACUCGUGGUCCUACCAAGGCACGCUUUCGGUUCGGCCAGCGCUGGAGAGCUUCAACGCAGGGGGAGCCGAAAGGCUGUGUCUAGGGCUGCGGCAGCAGCUGCGCCUCUUUGUUGCGAUGAUACAAGAUGCUGCAACUCAAGACGAGCAUAAGAAGAAACACAUAUCCUGGUGGCGCGCGACACUUGUUGGAUCACCUACACCAUGCAAAGAAGCGUACGGCAAGUCCGUAUACGGGAUCAUGCAACCUGCAACUGCACGACCAACCACGAGAAGGCAACACCUCUCUGGGGGUGCAGCAUCUCCUUUUCGAUUCAUGCACGACUGUUGGACUGACGAACAUUCUUCGCCCCAGACAGCUCAGGCGCGGGUACCGGUAUUCAGCAGAGUAUAUGGGAAGACGCCGCUCAGCAUGUGCCCCACACAAACGUACACCACAUCUGGACUACACGGUGCCAUCUUUUCAGGGCCUGAGGCCCGCUUUGUCUCGCGCGCAAGCCUGGUAUUCGAAAGAAUUGGCGCGACAGAAGACACCUGUGCGCGACCGUUCUCUACGGAGAGCAAGCACUUCUUGUCAGGAAGAUGCGUAGCUUGUGCACUCUGCGACGAGCCUGUGUCGUGCUCGGCAAGGGUCAUGCGUGGAAUUGGACACUUCGAAGCCUGGUCUAGCCGCCUACUCUCGCACGGCCAGAGGGACAUUGGACCAGCAGAAACGUACUCAACGAUGCAUCCCAGGGCGUCGCCAACAACGCAUUGGACCACUCUUCCCGUCUCCCCAGCAGUCUCUCUCCAAGCCGGGAUUCGUGUCGAGGAUCUGAAUAUGCCGGGAGCAGGAAACGGGGCAGGGAGCGAGAAGGUGGGUGACCCACCUUCCGACGACAAUGCCUCAUAUUUCGAGGCCGCAAACACCAGAGUUCCUUUUUCGAGAAUAGGGCAGACAACAGAUAGCUGGGAAGGGCGCAGACUCAGCUCCUCCUCUUUUUUCGACCCUGACCGGCGACCGCGACCGCCACGUACCAGGAGGUCACGUGGUACGACUCGGAGAACUCAAGUUCAAUUCGGCAGCGGAGGCACUGUGAUGAUAAUCAGUAUCUUUGAGAAUGGGGAAUUCAGCGCGACCGCUACAAUACGGUUUGACAACGUGACGCUCGUUCGGCGGCCGCUCGAUCAGGAAGUUCCGCCCAGGUUCCGCCCUAUACUGCGCUCAGGCUCGUACUCCUCAAAAUACCCUCUCUUCGUUGAGAGCUCCGCGCGUUGUAGGCCGGCAAGAAGGCGCCAGCAACCACCCUCGGUUCGAAUCCGGAUAUGCGAUCUCCUAACCAAUUUAGCGCCGACGGGAAUCCUCAAGCCCAACAUCGUGUUGCGUCACCAGUGA